AUACAUGGGACCCAACGUAAAUUUCUUAAAGUGAGCAAAUUCUUAGUGAUUGCUCGCCAAUUGCUCAUCCAUGAGUUGAGAAACCAGCAUAACGAACUUUACCGCCAGAAUUCAAAUGACCAAAACAACUGUCUUCCUCUCCUUCCUUCUCCUCCUUUUCCGACAUGCGAACUCUGAGUCUCAGCUAAAUGGCAAAGAACAAACAGUCCUCUUGAAACUAAAGCAACAUUGGCAAAACCCACCAUCUCUAAGCCACUGGCAAAAUCCACUAUCUCUAAGCCACUUGAGCUCCUUAAACUCCUCUCACCAUUGUAACUGGCCAGAGAUCACCUGCACCAAUGGCUUAGUCACCCGACUACUUCUUCAAAACAAGAACAUCAACCAAACAGUCCCACCCUUCAUCUGUGACCUCAAGAACCUCACAGUCAUUGACCUUUCAUACAACUUCAUUUCUCAAGAGUUUCCUAAAGCUCUCUACAACUGUUCCAAGCUUGAAGAGCUCGACCUCUCGCAGAAUUACUUCAAUGGCACAAUUCCCGAUGACAUUCACCGCUUGUCUUGCCUGCGCCGCCUCAACCUUGGAGCCAACAACUUCUAUGGUAACAUUCCAUCAUCUAUUGGAAAGUUAACGGAGCUAAGGACGCUUAAGCUUCUCCAGUGUGCAUUUAACGGUUCUUUCCCGCCAGAAAUCGGCAACUUGACCAAACUUGAGUCACUGCAGUUGGCCUAUAAUGUAAACAUGACAGCAGCAGAGUUGCCUUCGAGUUUCACGAAGUUGAAGAAGCUUAAGUUUUUAUGGAUUACUGCGUCUAAUUUGAAUGGGGAAAUCCCAGACACAAUUGGAGAAAUGGAGGCUUUGGUGCAAUUGGAUUUGUCAAUAAACAAUCUGACUGGGAAAAUUCCAAGCAAUUUGUUUAUGCUAAAGAAUUUAAGUGUUGUGUAUCUUUACAAAAACCAAUUGUCUGGGGAGAUUCCUCGGGUGGUUGAAGCAUUAAACAUUGAUGUUAUUGACCUCUCCGAUAAUAAAUUGACCGGAAGCAUACCUGAUGAUUUCGGCAAACUCAGAAACAUGACAGGUUUGAGUUUGUUUUUCAAUCAGUUAUCUGGAAAAAUCCCGGACAGUAUUGGUCGUCUUCCAAGUCUGAUGGUCCUUAAAGUGUUUAGCAACAAUUUAUCAGGGACUCUGCCUCCAGACUUUGGGCGGUAUUCUACGCUUGUAGAGUUCCAGGUUGCAGACAAUAAGCUUGAAGGUGAGUUACCAGAGCACUUGUGUGAUAAUGGAAGGUUGGUGGGUGUGGUAGCUUUUAACAACAACCUCACUGGAGAAUUGCCAAAGUCGCUUGGCAAUUGCAAUGGUUUGAAAAUUGUGACUGUUUACAAUAAUAGGCUUUCUGGGGAUAUUCCUUGUGGCCUAUGGACUUCGUUGAAUUUGAGUGUCUUGAUUUUAAGCGACAAUUGGUUUACAGGCGAGCUUCCUCAAAGGGUGGCAAGGAAUCUCUCAAGAUUGGAAAUAAAUAACAACUACUUUUCUGGUACGAUUCCAGCUGGAGUGUCUUCCUGGAGGAAUUUGGUGGUAUUUGAGGCUAGUAAUAACCUCUUUACUGGCACUAUUCCUCAAGAACUAACAUCUCUUCCUUAUUUAACAACUCUUUUUCUUGAUCAAAAUCGACUCUCGGGCUCCCUUCCACCAGAUAUUAUAUCAUGGAAAAUGUUAAAUACUCUAAACCUUCGCCGAAAUAAAAUCUCUGGACCUAUUCCGGAGAAAUUAGGUAAUUUGGCAGGUCUUACAGAGUUGGACUUGUCAGAAAACCAACUUUCUGGCCAAAUACCUCUCCAACUUGGCCUCCUGAAGCUCACUUUACUCAAUCUCUCUUCCAAUCAUUUGACUGGGAGGAUCCCAACACAAUUUGAAAAUGAUGCAUAUGCCAGCAGCUUCUUGAACAAUCUUGCUCUCUGUGCUAAUAAGCCAUCACUAAACAUUAACAGCUGCAACAAUUCUGAUCAUCGUAACCCGAGCAAAGUUCCCUCCAAAUAUCUUCCUUUAAUUAUAAGUUUUGUGGCAGCAGCUCUACUGAGUGUAGUAGUUGCAAUGAUCUGUAUUUAUAGGAAGGGAAAGCAUGGAUUUGAUUCCACAUGGAAGUUCACCACAUUCCAGAGGGUGAAUUUCAGGGAAUCGGACAUUUUGUCAGGAUUGACAGAAAAUAAUGUGAUUGGUAGCGGUGGAUCAGGGAAGGUAUACCGUGUUGUUGUCAAUGAUUCAAACAAUUUUGUUGCUGUGAAGAGAAUUUGGAAUAACCGAAAGCUAGAGCAGAAACUUGAGAAAGAAUUUCAUGCAGAAGUUAAAAUACUGGGUUCGAUUCGACAUUCCAACAUAGUGAAGCUGCUUUGUUGUAUGUCCAAUGAAAAUUCUAAACUUCUAGUCUAUGAGUACUCAAAAAACCGUAGCCUGGAUCAAUGGCUGCAUAGGAAGAGUAGAGCAUCAUCCACCUCAAGUUCAGUCCAGCAUGUUGUCCUGGAUUGGCCUAAGAGAUUGCAGAUAGCAGUUGGGGCUGCCCAGGGGCUCUAUUACAUGCACCAUAGCUGCUCCCCACCAAUUGUUCAUCGAGAUGUGAAAUCAAGUAACAUCCUUUUAGACUCUGAGUUCAACGCAAAGAUAGCUGAUUUUGGUCUAGCCAAGAUGUUCAAGCAGGGAGAACUUGCUACAACGUCAAUUGUAGCUGGUUCUUUUGGCUACAUAGCUCCAGAGUAUGCUCACACAACACGAGUUAAUGAGAAGAUUGAUGUUUAUAGCUUUGGGGUUAUCCUUUUGGAACUAACUACUGGAAGGGAAGCUAGAUAUGGUGAUGAACACACAUCCCUUGCCGAAUGGGCAUGGCGUUACAUUGAAGAUGACAUCCCUAUAGUUGAUGCAUUGGAUGAGGAGAUCAAGGAACCCGGUUAUUUGGAAGAAAUGAGCUCUGUUUUCAAUCUUGGAAUCUAUUGUACGAAUAGAGAACCUUCUAAGCGGCCUUCCAUGAAAGAGGUUGUGAAGAUUCUGCUCAAAUGCAACCAGCCACUUGUUUAUGGAGAGAAGAUUGCUGCAAGUUUGUACAAUGCGUCUCCCCUCCUCAAGAAUUCAAAGCGCAAGAGUGCGUCAGAAUAUGAUGAGGAAAUCUUGGCAUCCAUCGUUUGAUUUCUUCUUUUAAGCACACAGAAUAAAUUUUGAACUUGACUCACUUGUGUUUGCCUAGUUUUUAUUUAAUUUAAUUAGAAGUUGUGUUAGAUUUCGUGCUCUAAAAAAAAAAAAUCAAAGAAUUGUUGGAGGUUGCUGAACUAUGUCUAUGGCUAUGGCACAAAGGCUUGCUCAACUUGGAGAAGAAAUCGAAUGAGUCAAGAACCAGCUCCGCAAACGCAGGAGGCUCCUCUUCGCCUUUUGGCGAUACCUACCAAAAGACCAAAUAAUAAGGGAAGCCGAGCUCAGGCUCCAAAUGCUGCGAGCUGCACAGCACUGGCUCAUUCUCUCAUUGGCAUUGUGGUUCCGCAGUGACCCAAUAAAUUAGAAGAAAUUCGCUUAUUAGAUUUCUUUUGAAUUUAAAUGUUAGCUUUAUCUUGUAAAGCCACCUACAUAUAUAGCUUGAUGUUGAUUAAUAAAAGAAGCUGAAAAAUGUUUACGUGAAUCUAGAACCAAAUAAGAAAGAAUAAUCUCACUCAAAAAAUAAAAUUAAAAAAAGAAACAGCCAAUGCAACCAAAGCAUAAUGACAACGGCAAUUUCAGACUAAAUAUAAUUUGUUCUCCAAUUAAAAUUAUGGUGAUAGUUUGAGUUUCCCUUUUCUUUUUAGGCCCUCCAAUUAUAAAGAUAUUUUCCUCCAAAGUUAUCCUUCAGUCACAUACAUCACCAUAAAAAGCAGAACCACAGUUUUCACUGGAGGUAUUAUUUACUACUGCAUCAGUGCAUCUCGUCCCUUACAUUACAUAGGAAUUCGAAUAUCACUCCUGUCUUCUCAAACACUUGUAAAUCUUGGGCACCUCCAACAAAUAUCUAGUUGAUGUCAGCAAAGACUUACAAACUUAUAGGGUAUAUCUUUCAAAGUUAGAAGCAGAAGGACAUAAUAGAUAAUACUGUUAUGUAGAAAAGGUUUUUGCUAGCAGACCAUGAGUGCUUAACCGAGGCCUUAAUAUAACCUAAGGUACAUUCUUCAACAAGUAACAGUGUGUUUGGUUUUCCAUGGAUUUUCAAAAUUGAAAUAUUCCACAUUGGUGAUGCACAUCAAAUUGCGUUUUAUUUGCAAUAGAAAUAGGAGAGAAUGCUCACCAAAGUGAAUCCUCAAAAGAACAGUUUACAUUCCCCAUUUUAUUUCCUGACUCAGGACAAAUGGACUCAAAAAAGAUGCGGCCGUACCAACAAAAUGCCCCUACCUCAAGAUAAGAGCAGAAUGAGAGGCAGCAGCAAGAAAGCUUGAGCCCUGCAUGACUGGACUCUCCAAACUCGACUCACUGUUCAAUUAUAUGCUCUGCAAAACCAUAAAUUAAGGUUUUGCUGGUAUGUCACUCGAACUAGGAGCUAAGACAAGCUCUAAAUGAACUGGAAUUGUGAAAAA